AUGGAUUUGAAGGCAUUGGAAGUUGCGGUAUUUUUAAGUAAUGGUACAGAAGUUAUUGAGCCAAACAUUCUGGAUGAACUUACCAAGCUAAGACACGUUGAAAUUGAAGAUCAACCAAAUUUUAACGUCUACUAUUCCAUACAUUUUACAAAGAAGUCUACGACUACACUCAAUGAUCCAUACUAUGGCCUUUUUGCUGACUUCAAGAAGUAUUUAAAGGAUGAAAAAUCAAAAGAUUUAAAAAUCAUUAUUGAUAAGCGUGAAGUACGUGCUCAUAAGUUUGUUCUUGCUGUUAAAAGUCCCACAUUGGCUAAUAAGUUCCUAGAAAGACCAGAUGCUGAAAGUUUGAAUUUAGUCGACAUAUCUGUUGAAAUAUUUGAUCGAAUCUUAAAGUACAUUUAUUCCUGUGAACUUCGAGACAUAGACUUUCUGAUGCUUAACGCUGCUGCAGCAAGGCUUGAAAUUAAAGACUUAAAGGAUUAUGCAGCUACGAAAAUCAUGGAAAGUGCUAAGAGUAGCAAUGCACUUGAGGCUUUUGAACUGAGUUCUAAAUCUGGACAUGAUGAAUUGAAAAAGAAAGCUUAUGCUGAAAUUAAGAAGAAAUAUCCAUCGACUAACUUUAAAGACGAAUGGUUGAUGCAUUCUGAUAUGUUGGGAAAGAUCAUUGAAGGAUUUAAGAAGCAAGAAGAAGAAAUGAGGAAGUUUGAAUGUGUAUUUAAAGUUAUUUCUAUUAAGAAGAAGUAG